UCCAUUCGAACCUGCGAUCGCAGGGCUCUCUUGUCCGCGCUACCUUCCCCUAUGGUCGGGUGGAAACACGCACCAUCUCAAGUAGUCGGGUCAAAAAAGGCAAGCUCGCGAUCCUUCUCGGUGUGCCCGCUGCGCUGCCCUCGCACUCUUCCGACCUCGACUUCUGCUCUUUCCCUUGCCCCAGACGCUCCAUGGAGACCGCCUCCUUCUUCCCGGUGGAUCCGCAGAUCCCCGUCGACUUCAAGAUCCGCAAAUCCCUCACCGGCCACGGGUUAACCGUCCGCGACGCCCAGGGCAGCCUCGCCUACCGGAUCUGCGCCCCCCGGCGCCUCCGCUGCUCCUCUUCCUCCGCCCCCAAUCCUCGCCUCACCAAGACCCUCUUCGACGCCGCCGGCAAUCCCUUGAUCAGCGUCGUCUAUCACAACGAUGAGUGGCACGGCUUCAGAGGGAACAGCCAGGAACUGAAGGAUUUGAUUUUUACAGUGAGAAAGAUAUUAUACUCUCCAUUUGAAACUGAGCUACACGUGUUCUUAUCAAGCACGAAUAUAGGUGACCAAAAACCAUGUUUUAGACUCAAAGGCAACCCUUUUCGAAGAGCAUGCACCAUAAUAAGUGGGAAUUCGACUGUGGCUCAGACAAGUCUCUUGUACAAACUGAGGAAGAUUAUUUAUUCAAGGCAUAAGUUUCGGCUUACUGUUUAUCCUGGAAACGAUUGUGUUCUUGUCAUCGCGAUGCUCAUGGCUUUCUUUUGGAAGUAACCUGCUAACGGAGGGCUAAACGUUGGUGAUGCAGUUGUUAGGAGUUCUCAUUCCUCCACAAGUAAUCUCCUGAGCCAGGUCGAUUAGGCAAUUCAUUGAUUUUUCUCAUGAAUGAUGUCUUAUCACUGGACUGUAAAUUGUUACUGGGGGCAUUUUGAAUGUACUGUAAAUAGUUCCAUUAUCACAUCGAGUAAAGAUUUAUCCAUUUAACCUUGGCCUUCCCAGUUUGUUAUGUCUGUGCACUAGAUAAGAGGCCCAAGGACAUUAUUUGCUGUGAAGAAAUUGGACGGUAAUCAGUACAAGAUUCGGUUUAUGUUU